GAGAAGGGAGCAAGUUUGCUGUUAGGAAUUGUGGGAGCUGAAAUCCAAAACACCUGGAGGGCACAAGUUUGCCCAUGCCUGUCCUACAGCAUUGAGGCCCGACUGUUAGUGUGUGAGCUCUCCUUCUAUGGAGAGGAGGAGGAGGUCUUCCCCGGUGGAAGGCGCGCAGGCGUGCCCCAUUCCUUCCCUCUCCCCGAAAGGAGAAGCACCUCCAGGGGCAAACACCCCGGAAAGGCCACGGGUGACUCCCCUCGCGUGGGCGGCCGGGGAUAAGAGCAGGAUGUGCCGAAAGAAGACGCAGGAAGAAGGGAGACGCCACGGUGAAGGAUGGCUCCGGUUCCCGCAGCGCGACAGGGGACCCCCAACCCCGCCACGUACUUCAGGCGAACCCCGCUCAUCCUGAUGCUGAUGAUCGGGGGCACCAAUGCCUUCCACGCCUGGACAUUCUUCGCACCUCAAACCAUCCCCUAUGACAAGCUGGGACCACUGGGCACUUUAACCAAGUAUCUUCUGGAACAUUAUAACACUCCUUUGAGAAUAUGGUUUGUGACAAUCUGGAUACUUCAUACUCUGUUCGCAUUUAUUGUUCUCAAGCUUUGCAAGGAGAAAGGCAUCACUGAUCGCAUGACCCAGGUUCGAUGGUUUGCUCAAACUGUUACAUAUGGAUUAAAUUCUCUGUUCUUCUUGUGGAUUUACAAACCACCAAUGAAAAGCAAAUGAAGGAUUCAAGCAGAAGACAACAUAGAAACACAUAGUCGGGCAUUUUGGUUGUGUUCUCAGCUUGAAAAUAGCUGGGUCCCUCAAUAAUCAAUACAUUAAAGGUAUAGGGGUUGUUAAAAAAACUACACUAAAGUCUACUCUAGAACUUUAAAUGGUCCUUAAAAUGAUCCCUUAUAGCCUGAUAGCAGGCAUUGUCUCACUUCUCUACUAGAGCAAAAGGCCUGGUCACAAGCUGUGCCACACAGACUGAAAGUGUGGUGACACAGUGAGAUUAUGCUCAGCCACCUGGCCCUAGACACACUUAAAGGGUAAAGGUAAAGGUUUUUUCCCUGACAUUAAGUCCAGUUGUGUCUGACUCUGGGGGUUGGUGCUCAUCUCAAUUUCUAAGCCGAAGAGCCAGCAUUGACCAUAGACACCUCCAAGGUGAUGUGGCCGGCAUGACUGCAUGGAGCACUGUUACCUUCCUGCCAGA